AUGCCAUUAGUGGACACCUGUAUGCAUGAUAGCAAAAUAAAGCUGAAUAAAGUGGAUUUUAAGUUUCCAUUUCCGAACUUCUCUCGAAGUGGAUUAAAAAUGUAUUCAUUGUUGUUUUUCCGAGAGUUUGUCGGUAGAAUAUCAUCUCUGAUCUCCUGGAGACUGCCAGAAUUGGAAAUAUUCAUCGUACUUUACAAUCAGCAGAAUGUAGAUGUGUCUUACACUAUAGAAAAUGCUGCGGAUCUGCGUACUCAUAGUUAUACCGUGUAG